AUGUUUGCCCACACACUAUUAGCUCUGACUCUCGGGGCUUCGUCUUUUGCGACAGCUUCGGCACUACUUCCCAAGGUGCCGGACGGAGAUGUUGUCCCCCUUCCAGCCUCUGUGGAUGUGAACAGCGUCGACCUCCACAACUUUACCGCUUCAGACGGAAACACGUAUACUGUUUGGGUUGCCAAGAUGCAGAGCCCAGAGGACGUUCAGCCUACUGGUGCAGAUGACGACAGCAACGUUGCCCGUCGCUGGCAGUGGGAGCAUUGGCCCAACGGUGUUGACGCCUGCGGUGCUGCAAGCUUUCGAGACGAGACGUCAAACGGAUCGCCGCUGACGGACCACUGCAUCUGUGUGCGGGACUACGCAAGAUAUCAGCUCCGAGGUAGAUGGGCUUUCGGCCGUGACGACAAGCCAAACAAUGGCUGGUUCAACCUGGUCGGUUGUGGAGAAUGUGGCUUCCGCGUGUACACGGAUAACUUCUUUGGAGCCUUUGUCGGCGACACCGAUGUCAGGGACCUCUCUACCGAUUCGAUCAAUCGAUACAACAGAGGUGGAAGGGUUGGUGCGGGCGGGGACAUGGGUUGCCGCAACUGGGCAGAGCUCGCCAAGGUUCAUUGGAGUGUCUUCCGCCAAUAG